AGUGGGGUGAGAAUCCCAUCGAUAAUGGGAUUAGCAAGCAUCGUGAACUCUGUCUUGGUGGGGAUAUUCAGCACACCCCGCUCGGAGAUUGGAGGUUGCGUCCAUCAGCAACUCCUGGUACUUAUUCCUUCACGAUCUCCGAUUUAUAAAAGCCAGCAGUUAGCCUGCCGUUUCACCUACAGGCCGGGCACAUCUCGAAAAACGUUGAUUCUGAUUCCGGUACCGACUUACACCUGGCAGAUACCAUGAGUGUUACGCACGUUGUCCUGUUCAAGUUCAAGGCUGACGCCAACCCCGAGGACGUGAGAGCGGCUUGCAAUCGCUUCCUAUCGCUGAAGACCAACUGCAUCCACCCGACGACCAAGGCCCCGUACAUCCUCUCCCUGAGGGACGGGCGGGACAACUCGCCCGACGGGCUGCAGGACGGGAUGACGCACGGCUUCGUGGUCGAGUUCGCCUCGGCCGAGGACAGGGACUACUACGUGGCGCACGACCCGGCCCAUCAGGAGUUCGUAAAGAGCAUUGGGGGUGUGCUGGAGAAGCCAGUUGUUGUGGCCUUCUGCAAUGGCGUGUAUUAGUUGUACUAUUUUACUACUGCCAGCUUGUUGGAUGUGUUCCUUGACAGCGGCAUGACCAUAGAGUUCAGUAAUCUGCUACCAGUAGCCGGUGGGCUUGACUCCAUCUUCGCUAGCCCGCCCCAAGUUGAGUCUCCGGCUUCGGGGAACGUCGACCAAAAAUAGGAUCGAUCGAAAUCGGAGCGACAAGUUGGUGCUGUGUCAAGGUCGGCCGUGUGCUCAAGCUCGAAGUCGGCAACCUCGCCAUGAUCUUCGAGAUCAUCAAGGACUGCAGCACAUCGGGGAGAGUGCAUAGCGGAGGAGGUCAGAAACACCCAG